AUGGUUAGUCAGCUAGUUUCAGGCAAAUUAGCAUUGGUUACUGGUGCUGGGUCAGGUAUAGGACGAGCUGCUUGCCAGGUGCUAUCAAGAGAAGGCGCCACAGUCAUAGCAGCUGAUAGAAAUUAUGAAUCUGCUUUGGAAACUAUAAAGAAACAUGCCGCUUUAGCUUCAGGCAGUAAUGCAACUGGUGACCACACUGCAGUUGAAUUAGAUGUAUCCGAUUCCAAAUCGGUUCAGAAUCUUUUAAAAUCUACAUUAAGUAUUUAUAAAACUCCACCUAAUAUUAUUGUCAACUGUGCCGGUAUUACAAAAGAUAAUUGGCUCUUGAAACUAUCAGAACAGGACUAUGAUAGUGUUCUUGAUGUUAACUUGAAGGGCACUUUCUUAGUGAUGCAGACAUUUGCUAAGGCAUUGACGGAAGCAUCUCUCCCUGGAUCAAUAAUCAAUAUUUCUAGUAUAGUAGGAAAAUAUGGAAAUAUGGGUCAAACAAACUAUUCAGCGAGUAAAGCUGGUGUUGUUGCUAUGACACAGACAGCGGCCAAAGAGCUCGGAAAGUUUAAUAUUAGGGUGAAUGCCAUUCUCCCAGGAUUCGUUAAUACUCCGAUAAUUAGCACAGUUCCUGAUAAAGUAAAGGAAAAUUUGUUAAAACUUGUUCCUCUUGGCAGACUAGGUGAACCAUCGGAGGUCGCCGAAGUUAUUACGUUUUUGAGUUCAGACAAGAGUUCCUUUAUAACUGGUGCUGCAAUAGAUGUCACAGGGGGCUACUGA